AGAAAGUGUCUGAAGCAAGAACGAUUGCGACGCCAAAAAGCUAAUUUAGAAGAUUCUAAGAAGCGUCACGCCGAAAUUCGCGCCCGAAUUUUAGCAUCAGAAAGAGCCAAGUCUGCUACGGUAAACGCAUAAGCAUUUAUUCGAAAUGGAUUACAAUAUUCUAGAUUCCAUACCAGAUUUGACUAAUUUUAAGACAUUUACUGAUAGGUAUUUCAGUAAGAGGUAUAUUCUGAAUGUUGAUGGUGUAGAAAAUAAUGACAUAAUGCUCAUGUUUCACUCAAACCGAAUCACUCUUUUGAGCUUGGCUCCCAGUCAUUUCUUUUUCAAAAAAGAUAUGGAGUACAAGAUUAAUUUCUCUAUUGGUAAUGUGGAUCGUCUUAAUAAUACUGUGAAGGGCAAAAGCAAGAAAGGUGGUCAAAUUUUGACACCAAACUCUGUCAUUUGUAAAGUUGAAUAUAGUGAUGGAAGUGCCUUUGAUAUCCCCUGUGGUUUGAAGGGAACCCUAAUGGAGGUUAAUGAACAGUUGGUAGAACAUCCAGAACUGCUGAAGAAAAUGCCAGAUGCAGAUGGUUACAUUGCUAUAAUUUUAUCCAGUAUUGCUAACUCAGAGGCCGCAAAGAGUGAGUUGUUGAGUCAUGAGGACUAUGUUAAAAUUGCUGCAAGUUGGUAAUAUUAGUCAUAAUAAAAUUAGUUUGUGAUAUAUAAUAA